AUGAAUUCCUAUUUUGUCAACUCUUCAUUCCCGGUGACGCUACCGGGAACGGGUGGAAGCGGGCAGGCGGGGGCGGCAGCAGAGUCGUUCCUGGGUCAGAUCCCUCUGUACUCAUCGGGAUACGCCGCCGACCACCCGCUUAGGCACUACCCCGGGGCCGUUACCGCAGCCGUAGCAUACAGCGCCAGCGGACCCGGCACGCACCAGGAAAAACCGUACUCAGCGUCCAAUUACUACCAGCAGGCGGCCAAUGGAGCGUACACCGGACACCGGGCGACAGCAGCAGCGGCAGGAGUCGGUGUUGGGGGCGCGACCGGAACCGGCGCCUGCGACUAUGCCACGGCGGCGGCAGCAGCGGCGGCUGCAGCUGCAGCCACAAGUUUCUACAGGGAUAAGGAGCUCCCAUGCAGUCUGGAUGAGCAUCAGCUCGCGCUCAGCCAGGACGGUAUGCAGCGUAAAACAGAGUGCGUGGGACUCAGUGGAAAGGGGCUAUUCGGAGAAACGAUGGACGACAAACAGUCGGCGUCAGUGCCCAUUUAUCCAUGGAUGCAGCGGAUGAACGCCUGCAAUGGGACCUUCAGUAGCCCCGGGAGACGCGGUCGGCAGACGUACACUCGCUACCAGACGCUCGAGCUCGAGAAGGAGUUUCACUUCAACCGGUACCUCACGCGGCGACGUCGGAUCGAGAUCGCGCACGCGCUGUGCCUCACGGAGCGGCAGAUUAAAAUUUGGUUCCAGAACCGGAGGAUGAAGUGGAAGAAGGAGAACAAGCUGAUAAACUCCUCUUCUACAUCAUCUUCUUCGUCUUCUUCCACGGUGAACGGUGCAGAUGAAGAGGAGAAACGGACUGAGUAAAAGAGGAGGAAAAAAUAAACUGAUGUAAACGAGGAAGGGGAGGAUAGAAGAAAGAAGAAAAGACAUGCUGGUUAAUCUCGUCCCGCCAUGCCCCCAAGGUUUCCAGGCUAUUGUCUGUCUCCCUCCCUCUCUCUGUUUUUUUUUUUUUUUUUUUACCUGAGCAGUGGCGAAACAAAGAAAUGGGAAAAGAGGAUUCUUUUUUUAGCCCUCUAAUAUCAACUCUUUCUGUAAGCUAUAUUUACCGCUCUGUGUGGUCUGAUAGUUGGAAAUAAUUUGUAAAACACUCUACAGCAAGAACCAUGUAAUUGUGGAAAAGAGCAAAUGCGAUUAAAAAAAUGGGGUGGACAAGCAACAUGGCAUUAAAGAAUACAGUAGAUAACUUUAAAAAAAAAGAAAAAAAAGAAAGAAAGAUAGAACGAAAGAAAAGCACCCAACAGCAAAAAGCUGUUUUGAAACACAAUUUAUUGCUGCAUUCCACUUACUUCUUACUGUACUUUUUUAUGGCUAUGCAUAUUUAAUUUAUUUUUUUAUUCUGUCAAAGCCUUCCUGUCACGCACUUCUUUUCGGGCUUUAGGACUUGACUUCAGGCUGUUUCCUUCCCGAUUUUUUUUUUUUUUUUUUAAUUUUGUAAAUGUGUGUAGCCUAUAAUACCUUUAAUUACACGUGCAACUAUGCUCUGCAUACACACAAACAGGGAGGAAAAUCUAUUGGAGGUAUGUAAGUCAUAUGGUGUUCAUAUUUAAACUGUAUAGAAAUAAGCGAGGAAAAAACACCUUGUACGUGAAAAUAAUGUAACUAAGGUUGUGGGGAAAUUUCCAGUAUAGAGAGAGUGGUUGAAGGUCGGGGUGGGGUUUGAGGUUUUUAACCUACUGAUGUUAUUCGCCAAACUACCUAAAAACAUUCAGGAAAGUGUAUAUUUUAUGGAUUUUUGACAUGUUUUGUUUAUGUUAGUGUUAUUGUCAAGUAAUUACCUAUACUGCCUAUGAAAAAUGUUCAAUAAA